UUAUUCAUUGUUAAGUGCAAAUGAAGCGGUAUUGCAAGUGGCUACAGAGCUUUUAUUGCCAAAUAACAGGAUUCCUGAAUUGUGUUUAUUGAUAGAUAAUACCAAACAAAAAGGAGGUGGAAAGCUCAGAUUUGUGGAUAUGAUGUUCGGUAAUAUUAACCAUUCAAUAAUUGAAUUAAAAUAUGUUAAUCUUUUGGGAUUAAUGAGAGCACUUGACAACAAUUGGAAUAUAUUUCCACGUACAAAUGAUUUAGCGAAUUUUGAUAAAUGUAUUGAGAAUAAGAGUGAAA